AUGCUCAUGCUACAGCCUUCCUUCGAUCUCCUCUCCCUCUUCCCCCUCUCCUCCCCCCUCUCCGCCUCCUCCCAUCCCCUCCUCGACGACUCCAGCUCUGACGGCUCCGACUCCGACUCCGACUCCGACCUCGCCGAGGUGCUGAGACCCUCGUCGCCUGUGUCAGCCAAGAGGAUGAGCAGCGAGGAGGGGGCGAGGGACAGGAGGAGCGGGCCGUCGAGGGAGCGGCAGCUUGCGGCGCUGAGGCACUGCAUCGAGCUUCUGGAGCGAGCAGAGCGGCCGGUGGUGUACGGGGCGACGGGGGAGGCGAUGCGGCUGUGA